UGCCAACUAGAUUGCUUCGAUUGGUAGAUUUACUCAUUUUGUUUACAACAGCAUGGAACAACAUGUUCCCGGCCGUGCCUUGAUUUUACCGGUUUUAUUAGCCAGCCUAGGGGCGGCUUCUCGAGAUGCGUUGCUGGCGGAUCGGCUGAAUGGAUCAUCGGCCAGUCCCGCCGCCUGUCGUACCCACGUUGGAUAAAUAUUUACACAUCCGUUAAUUUUGCCCCAAACCAGCUUUUUGUUGUUUUGUUUUUUUUUGCCUUCUUCUUCUUCUAUUUCUGUACAAACACUGAGCCGCAGCGCGCCCCAAAAGGCUUAGGCUGUUCGUCAGUUUGGCACCGUAAUCGCGGCGAACCAGUCACCAGCCGGUGUUCGAUCGUGGCAAGCCAAAGCCGUGUGUGACCGUGAUUUGUGUGCCGUGUUUGAUUAGACGGUAGCCAUCCCCGGGCCGGGCCGAACUCGGUUUCCGGUGCCUCUCGAUUGACCAGCUGUGCAGCAUCUGUGUCCCUUUGGUACCUUCAUAACCCACCCAAAAGAUCUGAAGCGAGCCUGCGUGUGUGUAUGUGUUUGUGUGUGUGAAGUGUGAAAAAGUGUCCCCAAAGAAGCAACGACGACGACGACGCUUCUGCCAAUUCGCAGCCGAGAAACGGAAUGGGAAAGGUGCAAGCGCACGGCUACGAUGAUUACGACCGGAUACGAUACUUUUACUACAUCCGGCCGCCCCACACGCCGGUGCCGGCGGACUGGUGGGUCGAUCCGAUGGCCACCACCACCGAAUCCGUCACCACGCUCAGUGCCAGCGAGGAGACGACGCUGCUCCUGUACGACAUCUUCAUACCGCUGCUCGGCUCGCUCAUCAUCAUACUCAACCUGAUCGUGGUCGUGAGCGGUGUGCUGCUGCUGCGCAAAGGUCAGCAACCGUACACCACCUACAUGUUUCUGGGCAACGUGGCCGUGUCGGAUUUAUUGACGGGCUUUGCCGUCAUCUUCGGCCAGUAUGCGCCCCGCGAGCGACGGGCCGAGGAAAACUGCACGCUAAUGAUCGGGCUCAUAGUGUCCACCUCGCUGGUUUCGGUGUACAGCGUGGGGCUAAUAGCGAUCGAUCGAUACCUUUACAUCGUGUACGGGCUGCAGUACCAGCGCUACCUGACCCGCACCCGGGCGCGCAUUCUAAUUGCCGCCACCUGGAUCCUCGGCGCAACCAUCGGCUUUCUGCCCGCGCUCGGCUGGCGGGGCGACACGGACGGUGGCCGCACCUGCUGGUUUAUCCGGCUCGCGCCGCCGGGUCUGGUGAUCCUGACGGCCGUCGUCGGCAUUCUGCCCGUGCUGCUCGUCAUCAUCCUGUACGGUAUCAUCCUGCAGAAGGCGCUGCGCCGCGUCAACCAGCUGAAGAAGGCAUCGCGCGAGCUGCGCGGCGUACAGACGGGCAACCUCCGGUUGUUCCGCGGCGGUACGGGUGGCAGCGCGAACGGUGGUGCUGCUGCUGCUGCUGCCGCUGCCACGAUUACACCGCCCGUGCCCAUCGCCGUCCCGCCAACCGAACCGAAUCGAUCAGGCGCCAACCGCCAGUCCGACACGGAGCACGGUUUGAGCGAGGACGAGCUAGCGGGCGCUACCACCGGCCGCUGUCUCUGCCUACGCUCCCGCUGCUGCACUGCCGGCGGCGCCCGGGCCAAGCAGUCCCAGAAGGCACUGAACGGGCCCGGCACCGCUGCCACGGCGGGCACCGCGAUGACGACGACAGCCGCGGCGACAACCGCACCCAGCAAAAGCCCGACCAAGUGGAAGGCGAUAAAAGUCGUGAUGUUCACGACGGGCAGCUUCGUCGUGACGUGGGUGCCGUACUUCAUCGCGAGCCUGCUGUACGUCGGGUGCGACCCGGCCACGAACGAGGAGCUGUGCCGCAGCCUGCAGUUCGCCAUCGCCAGCCCGCUCGCCAUCCUCGGGUUCGCCAACAGUCUGCUCAAUCCAAUCAUUUACGCCUGGUGGCACAAUGGGUUCCGCGCCUCGAUGAAGCGGCUCGCCGGCAAGGUCAGCCAGCGGAUCUGCUGCUGCUGCGGCGGCGGCGACACUGGAGACGGUGGUGCGGGCCGGUGUACCGCUGUACGCUGCUGCCAUAAAUCAUCGCGCUCGGCGCCACCAUCGGCCUCGGUGGCGAAUCGGAUCAGUGCCAAUGGGGUUAGCAGCACGGGCAGCACCAGCGAUGGCAUCGGACCCGACCGCCUGUCAAACCGCACCGUCACAACGACGGUCGGCCAGUGGGCGCACCCGGUCCCGUACCCCCACAGCGACCAGGAAUUUUCCAUCACCGAUGACACCGAUGUCGAGCAGCCGACUAUGGUAAUCGGGACGCGGCUCUAGAGAGGGUUGCGGUCCUAUUUCCACCAGCCAAAUUUGCUACCCAGCUCAGGGAAAAUUGUCAGCAGCUUCAAAGAACAGCGCAAAAAUGUUGCUUCAAAAGUUGGGCGCCCCUGUCCCUCCCUCCUUCUUGGAAGUGGCUGACACCGUAUGACUCCGAAAGCGUACCGGGAACUGUCACAAGGGGACCAUGUGCCCAGAGCAAACGGGCAAAGAAGAACGAAGCCCUUAUGUCGACGGUUAGGAAAUUGGCAGCAAAGGGGGGGGGGGGGGGAAGUGAAAUGGAGAAUUAGAUUUCAGCUCAGACGCGUGUGUAGCCAGGUCCUUUCGCCGACGUUACACAUGCGGUGCAUGCGGCUAAUGCCCCGUGGUGAGAGAUGUCUUCGACCGGAGCAGAACCGUUCAGCCGUGUGUCGUUUUUUUAUGCAGCUGCUCGCAUGGCAAGCGUCACACACUAGCAGGACACACUUCAUGACACUUUAAUCGAAAGAAAUUGCAGCAGUUUCAGUACCACAGGACCCAGUAUUCUUUAUGUAAGUGUAAGAGAUGUAAGUUUAUAGCUAGCCGUUAGAUUCUUAAGCGUUUUAACAAUCACGCAACUCUAGUACGCAACAAUAAAGCUCUAUUAGAGCAUGGCGUUAACAAUAACGACGCUUGUUUGCUGCAGGA